UUUUAUUUUUUAACCGCAAUAGAUCUUAUAUUGAACACGAUAAACGAGUGAUACACCCACAGAUUCUUCUCACUUUUGAAACACGCUCGAGGUCUGGUCAAUUCAUUGGAGUGGCUCCGAUGGGUUUUGACAACUAAUGUCACUUUUCUGGUUAGUUAUUCGUGAACUUGCAGAAAUACAAGCUAUGGCUACUACAAAGAAAGUAAUAACCAGGGAGGAAUGGGAGAAAAAGGUCAGCAAUGUGAAGGUCAGGAAAGAAGAUAUGAAUAAGCUGGUAAUGAACUUUCUUGUCACAGAAGGGUAUGUUGAUGCUGCAGAAAAGUUCAAAUUAGAAUCUGGAACAGAACCAGAAAUAGAUCUUGCAACAAUUACAGAUCGCAUGGCAGUUAAGCAAGCAGUACAAUCAGGGGACGUGGAGGUUGCAAUUGAGAGAGUUAAUGAUUUGAACCCUGAGAUACUGGAUACAAAUCCAAAACUCUUUUUUCAUCUUCAGCAACAAAGAUUGAUAGAACUAAUACGUAAAGGAAAGGUGGAAGAGGCUCUGGAAUUUGCUCAGGAAGAGCUUGCUCCACGAGGAGAAGAAAAUCCAAGUUUUCUGGAAGAAUUAGAGAGAACAGUUGCUCUUUUGGCUUUUGAAGAUGUAACCAACUGCCCUGUUGGGGAACUUCUGGACAUAUCGCAGCGCCUGAAGACAGCUAGUGAAGUGAAUGCAGCCAUCCUUACUAGUCAGAGUCAUGAAAAAGACCCGAAGCUUCCAGGCUUAUUAAAGAUGCUCUUGUGGGCCCAAAACCAGCUUGAUGAGAAAGCCAAUUAUCCUCGCAUCAAUAACUUGUCUACUGUAAUGCUUGAAGACCCUGCUGUUUGAUCUGAAGUAGAAGGUCUGCCUUUAGGAUAAGCAAACAUAGUAUGAAUCAUGUAUUUCUGCUCAAGAGUCUAGAGGUAACCUUUGUUCUACAUGAUCUUUUAGCAUGCUUCCAGUUUGGUUAAGUGACUGUACAUACUCCCUAUUUUCUUUUUGACUUUGUAAGUUAUUCGCUGUACUAAGUCAAUCCUAAGGCAUCUUAGUUCUUUUAUUA